ACUGUUUUAUGAGCUGUUCAAAUAAGUCAAAUGAUCCAGGUUAUGUUCAGACACAAAUCGACAAACGGCAAGAAGAAAUUUGGGGAAGCAGUACCAUGCAGUGUGAAGACACCCAUGGCCCAAGCUGCCCCUAUGAGGAUCAGAGGCAGCAGCCACUGAAGUCCAGCAAUGGGAAAUCAUCACAGGGAGAAAAAUCCCAGCGUCAUUUAAGGGAGUCCUCAUCUGCUCUGAAGCAUCUUCCCAACUCAUUACUGGAUGAGCUCUUUGCAGAAGUUCUCAGAGAUCUGUUGGCUGAGGUCUUCAGAAGUGCCAUGAAGGAUUUUAUUGAGGACUACUUAACCAGGGCUGCCAUUUCUGACAGCAUAGAUGGAAUAGUAACCGAGGUGGUUCAGAUGGUCUUGUCUGCAUUUCUCAGGGAGGCUCUCCAAGAGCUGGAAUAUGAGGCUAUUCUCCAAGAGGUCAUUUCACAUGUCGUCGAGGAGGAUGCUAAAGCCUUGGCUCAAUCAGUCCUCUGUGACUACGAUGCCGAGAUGAUAAAGCUGCAGCAAAGCCAGAUCACAGCAUUUGCUAGCAAACAACUUAUUGACCUCUUUCUUCUGGAGCACUUGAUCGGAAUGACUAGUACGUAUCCCCCUGGAUUUUGGGGGAAGGAGCACUCCAGUGUGGUUUUACUCAGUUGGAUGUUUGAUAUUCUCAUCAGGCAGUUCUUUAGCAUUCAGGAGCAGCAGCAAACUACCUCUGAAAAUGUUCCACUGGGAGAUUUCCAUCAAAAAGCUUUUACCGAGGUGGCUUUAGAUGUUAUCUUGACAGAACUAAGUAAACUGGCAGAGGAAGACCUGGAAGAUCUGCUGGAAUAUGAAAGAGGCGUUCAGACAGGACUGAAGAGAAUGAACAGGCAGCACGGGAGUUAUGCGGGAUCAUUAACACGCUUAGAACCAGAGGAGCAACAUGGGUCUCAAAUGGCGUUGCAAGAGGGGCCGAGAAGGAGUUUGAAGGUAAGAAGACUGAUGUCUAGGGGACACGUGGGAGCUACCGAAGGAAAUGAAAGCGGUGACCUUUUCGGGUUCCCCCCGGCCCUGCAGUCACACUAGUGGUGUUGUAAACCAUUUCC